UGCGAUGCAAACACAUUGAACUCUAGAUUUUAUUCGGUACCUGCACAUUUGAAGGAAAAACAACAUUUUGUGUGCACUACGUCAUCACAUGCAGAUUUUUAUCCUAAACAAGUCAGUUUAGUGGAAACACCACUGAUGGGGAAGUGCGCAUAUUUUCUUUAUCCCGAUUUUUUUCAAUGUUAUCAUGAAAAUCUGUCGCCAAUUAGAUGUACUGGUCUGCUCUCCUCACAGAGAGAAAGAAGGUGGCGCCAAUAUCCUAGAUACACCAGGAUUUCUGGGAAACCACAAGUAUUGUACAACGCCUUGUCAAGUCUUUAUAUAAGCACCUGCAAUGGAACUAGAAUCACUAAGUUUCACUUUGACAUCUUCCAGUCAGCAGGCUAAGUCUUCAUCAGUGGAUAGAUAGCAAGCAACUAGGCCACUAAACGGAGUCACGCGCUUUAUUCACUCGGUCCAUUUCACUAUAGAUCAUAGGAGGAGUCAUGUGAAAUAUAAUAUAUUAAAAUCGAAAUUCCAGUUCAUACCGAGAACGAAACUUCUAUUCUAAAGUUUAAAGGGAAGUGGCCUAGAACAGAAAGCAUUACCUCAGGUUCUGUUAAUGGUCUGCGAAAAUACACAAUAUAAUCUUGGAAUUUACCUCCACACUCACAGCUGAGAACAUGGUAAAGAUGACCCCACUGUUUAUGUUCCUCGUACUCUCUGCAACCAAAGAGCUGUUCAGAGGAGGCUGUACGUUAUGUGACUCUCCUCCAUCUUCACAUAAGCCUGUUGGUGUCCGGGAGGGAGAGAUGGCAGUGCUACAGUGCCCACUGUGGACCACCAUGGCAGGGCACAGGGAGGGGAACCUGACCCUGGUAUGGAGCAACCACUCUGGGCCUGGGGAGCUUCAGGAGCCUGCGGUGUGGAUGUCUGAAGACACCCUCGUCAUCCUGAGGGUCUCUCCCAACCAACAGGGGUCCUACUCCUGCUCACUACUCAACGCCAGUGGCCAGCCCCUGAGAACAGCGUGGUUUAACAUCACAGUGUUCUCUGGCCAGUGUUACACAGAUAUGACUGUGUAUCCAGUCACUUGCUAUCUGAGACAGUCCUGUGAAAAGUUAACCUGCACGUCAGACAGCGUCCCACAAAACUUCACAAAACAUAAUUAUACGUGGUACAAGAACUGUGACACAGAGUUACACUCUGACUUUGGCGAUGGAUACCUGACGAGUGCUUCUGAAAGUGACAAUGGUUACUAUACCUGCACUUCAUACUACACAUACAACUCAAAGCUCCAUGAUGGACAGGUGUUUACCUUGUCCAGAACCACAGAGCGGACAGUUGAAGAAGGAAGUUCCCCGGUUAUGCCAAAGAUCAUCGAACCUCGGGAUGGGGAGGUUAUUGACGUAGAUAUGGGAUCUACUGUGGUGGUGGUCUGCAGGGCUGUCCGGCCCUCUGAAUUUGACCAAUUAUACUGGAUGGAAAACAGAUCUUUUGUGGAGAGGAACCAGACGACCCUACCAGUGUUUUAUAACGUUUCACAAGAGAAUGACCAUCACCAGGCAUCGCUGGUGAUCAGUCAGGUGUCAGAGGAGCAGCUGAGGAACACAUACACCUGUCAACUGGAUUCUUCAUCUGGGAACGACAAGAUCUCCAUCACUUUCCAACAGAAGAGUCCACCCCAGUUCCGCUUCCUGGUGCUGGGUAUAGUGGGGGUCUUUGUCGUAACGGUGGUGGUGGUGACUGUUGUCUAUGUCAAGCUGAAGGUGGACAUCAUUCUAUUUCUCAGAGAUGAUCUGGGUUGGCAUCAUCACAAUGUCUCUGAUGGGAAGCGUUACGAUGCCUAUGUGUUGUGUUAUAAGAGUGACACAGAGUCAGGUGUCAGUGAGGAGGACAGGCGUCAGGUGGAGGAGGUGCUGGAGGAGGAGUAUGGUUACAGCCUGUGUCUCUACUACCGUGACGUGCUCCCUGGCGAGGCGGUGGCUGAGGCGGUGCUGGGGUGUAUAGAGCAGAGCCGGAGACUGAUCCUGGUGCCCAGCAGUCUGGGGCUGAACCCAGGGCAGGACAGCCAGUAUAGUCUACUCACUGGUCUCCAUGCUGCACUGGUGGAACGGCAGACCUGGCUAAUCCUCAUCCAGACAGAGUCAGCCCCAGACAGCCAGGUGGAUCUGGAGCUGGACUCCCUCCCUGAGGCCCUGCGGCUGCUGGCCCAGUCAGGACACACCGUCACCUGGAGGGGCUCCCACUCCAAACCCCUGUCCUCAGCCUUCUGGAAGGAGCUGCGUUACCGUAUGCCUGCCACCACCAGACGGCGCCCCCCGAAAGACGAGAGGACCAUUCUGUGAUUAUAUAGGCUCCAGAGCAGGGUUUGGGUUCAGUCAAUUCACAAAGUAAACUCAAAUUCAAAUGAUAUAAUGGCAUCUAUUUUCAAUGAUCUUCACCCUCAACCUGCUCCGGGGGGAAGAUGAGUGAAAUAAAUGCAUCUAAUGUGAUUAAUGUGCCAUUUUUACCUGUAAGAGUGAAAUAGCUUUCCUUCCAAUGUUUAAAAAAAAAUAAAGUUAAAAAGCA